AGAUAUGUCAAACAAAAUGGUUGUUGUUUAGAACGCACUUACCAUACACUAAGCUGUCACUAUAACUAUGCUUUUGGUUUAGUUUGUCAUUAUAUUUAUAAAGCAAGUGAUCAACCGCAGCAGGCGCUCUUCUCAACACAAGCUCACGUGUUUCAAAUUGACCCCGACACAAAGAAAAGUUGGAUUCCAAUCUCGAAACAGGCUGUUAGUGUGGCUUACUAUUAUGACAGCAACAAAUUUAUGUACAGAAUAUUGUCAGUGGAUGGUGCCAAGGCUCUGAUCAACAGCACAAUCACUUCUGGAAUGACUUUUACAAAAACUUCUCAGAAGUUUGGCCAAUGGUCCGAUGCAAAGGUCAACACAGUGUAUGGAUUAGGCUUUGCAACGGAGUCAGAUCUAAAUAAGUUUGCAGAGAAAUUUAAAGAAGUGAAGAAUAAUGUGAAGUUAGGGACACCGCCUGCAAGUCCACGCAUUUCUUCUCACAGCAUCUCUUCUGCUCCACACAUCAAUGGUAAAGUCACUGGUGGCUCUUUGAAGAGCAUGUCAUCGAACAGUACAGGAAGUUAUGAGGAUGAAGUGCAGUCCCCAGGAAGUCAUCGCUCUUCAUCGAGUUCUUCCGAGUCGCAAAUGAAGUACGAGAAUGAUCGCUUAAAAAAAGCACUCGCUCAAAGUUCUGCGAAUGCGAAGAAAUGGGAAUCCGAAUUUCAAACACUUAAGAAUAAUAAUGCGCGUUUGACAGCCGCCCUGCAGGAGAGCGCCAUGAAUGUGGAAAAGUGGAAGGAGCAGUUAAAUAACUACAAAGAAGAGAAUUCGCGACUUCGAAAAAAGUUAGCCAACAACAGUGGAGGGGGGAAAUCCGACUCUUCAUCUGCGGUAACGGAACUUGAACAAAAGCUACAAGAAACGAAUACAAAAUUGCGACGAAAGGAAGAGGAAAUUAAUAAAUUAUCGCAACAAAGUAGCGAAGAAUUGCUUUUGUUGCGCGAAAAAAACGCAGAGUUGGCAAAAAGACUACAGCGACUUGAAAAAGAUCGUACGACAGAAGCUUCUACGGAGGAGAAAUUGCAAAAGUUCAUCGUGCAGAACAGCAAGCUAAAACACGUGGACGAUGUGAGGGCUGAAAUGGAUUUCAAACUACGAGAGUUGAACUCUCUACAAGAAAAAAUGAAUGUCUUAUUAAAAUCUUAAUGGUGGCUAACUUUUUUUUCAAAAAACAAAUUGAGAUUUAUGGAUGUAGCUGGUAGCACAAUGGAGUGGUCGCACGUGUCAUAUUAUUUAUAGACACCUUACGCGUUGCCAUCGCAAAAACAAUUCCGCUUUUGGUGAGCAAUUUUAAAAUGCAGUUAUAUUUGUAAGUGAGCCUUUUCACAAAUGAUGGAGACUGAUCGCGGAUAUAAAUAAAAACAAACCUUGGAACAGAACUAGACUGAGCUGGUUGUAUUUGUUUUCGGAUUGUCACGCGGAAAGUUCUGUCUAUAAAGUAAUGAUAUUGUACACAAGGUAGCGCCGUAUAUAUUUUUUAUGCCACGUGGAGUUUUUAACUUUUCUGUAUUUGAUGUAUAUAAUUAAUAUAUUUGCCUGCUUCAACUUAACUUAUAUGUAGCUAUGUUUGCUGCCAUACGUUGUAUAGCCUGUCACACUUACACACUACGAUCAAAACAUAUCUGUGGAGAAAACACUAUCACGUCAUGCUGUUAACCGAUGGAAAAAAUCGGGAAUUCGGGCUAACCUUAACAGUUUAUGAAGAUAACACUAGUGAAAAGUCGCAUUACAUGCUAGGGAGAGCUACACCACGAUAUGGUUUUGUAUUAGUGUGGAAGUCGUCCAUGUUUUAAUCGGAACGUAAGAUAUUUCUCUUAUGAAGUAGUUUUUUGUACACUUUCAAAAAACUUUGUUAGUGUCAACAGAUAUGGCCCCAUGUUAAAAGGAAAACAAUUUUUUCGUUGUGAUAAAACAGUAGCUCUACUUCACGUUCCUGACAUUGGUAUUUACUGACUUCGUAACGUUGUUUUCUCAGGAACCAACUGUGAUGCAGGGACGAAGUGGAGCCAAGUGUGCUUUUUUGGGUCUAGUUGGAUGUGGUUGGGGCUGACACGCAAACGGAAAUUUUCAGAUUUUUUAAAAUUUUACCUUUUUGAAUUAGUUUAAAACGCAUUUCCUGCACAGAUUUCUGCCAUAUUAGUGAUGGUCGACCCGGCGUGUGUUACAAUGAAAUGGGAAUUUUUAAGGCGUAUGGUGAGAUGCAAGAAAAUCGUGUUUAUGUUAUAAUAAAUUAUUUAUUCAAUCUAACCGUUUUUAAUCGUGGGUGUAUAUACUAAGUUGUAUAAACAUAGAUAUAUAAAUAGUGGAAAUAUAUGUGACUUAAGUGA